AUGGCCCUUGCCUUCGUCGGCUCGCCGCUGGCCGCCGGCGCCCACGCGGCGCCCCGCGCCGCCGCGGCAGCGGCGCCUGCGGCGGCUUCCGCGCCCAGCGGCGGCUCCAACGCGGCCUAUGCCGGCGCCGCGCUGUGCGUGGGAGCCUACCUGUCCCGAGGCAGCGGGACUCGCACCAAGCGAAGCUCCCGGGUGGUGACGCAGGCACUGGGCUCCAUCGAACAGUUCGCCACCUUCGGACCUCCGGAGGAUCCCUUCCAGAUCGAGGUGGACAAGGUCCUCGGAGUGGGCGGCCAGGGUACCGUGUACCUUUGCCACAAGAGGAGCACUCCCAACGUGAAGCAUGCGGUGAAGACCAUCCCCAUCUGGCGUCUGCUGAUGGACCCCUCCUGCGACGAGAAGAUUAAGACCAUCCGAAAGGAGACGGAGGUGCUGAUGAAGAUCCAGGGCCACCCCAACAUCUGCGAGUGCCUGGGCUGCUUCGACGCCUUCCGGCCCGGCACCUCCCAGGCCCAGUACAUCAUGAUCGUGAUGGAGCUCAUCGACGGAGGUGAGCUGGCCGGGUUCAUCAAGGAUGGCCAGAACUCUCUGCCGGAGGACGCGGUGAAGAACGUGACCAAGCAGUGCGCGGCCGGGCUGAAGUUCAUGCACGACAAGGACGUGGUGCACCGAGACUUCAAGGCGGAGAAUGUGUUGGUGUGCGGCCAGCAGCUCACGGGCAGCACCCCGGUGAAGCUGAUCGACUUCGGGGUGGCGAAGAGCCUCACGGGGACCAUGGCGCGGUCCUGCGUGGGCACCACGGAGAUCAUGGCCCCGGAGCUGGUCAGCGCCAAGCUGAUGAUCGCCCCCAAGGGCGCGCAGAUGAUGAAGCACGGGCCCUACACCUUCCAGCCGCCCCAGCAGGCCUCUCCCGGCUUCGGCAUCGUCACCCAGCGCCCGGACGGCAAGGGCGCCAUGGUGAACGGCAUCGAGCCAGGAGGCCAGGCGGCCGGCUUCGGCGUGGGCGACGGCUGGGCCAUCUCCGCGAUCAACGGCACGGAGAUCCUGGAGAUGCCCUUUGUGAAGGACUUCAACGAGCUGGGCGCGGGGACGAAGGGCGGCGUCACCGCCAUCGCGGAGAUCUUGGGAGGCCUCAGCCAGCCCUUCACCAUGGAGUUCGUGGAGCUGCCAAAGCGGGAGUUCAGCAAGGCCGUGGACCUGUGGAGCUUGGGGGUGACCAUGUACGUCAUGCUCACGGGCCAGAAGCCCUUCAAGGACGAGGAACAGAUCGUGGAGGGUGAGUACAACCCCGCGCUGCUGAGCGCUUGCUCCCCGCAAGCGCAGGACCUGGUGCGAAGCCUCCUCAAGGUGAACCCCAUGGAACGGCCCACCAUCGAGCAGGUGCUGGCGCACCCCUUCUUGCAGUAG